AUGAAACGCUUCACACUCCGUCUCGCCCCUGAAGGCGUUCAGUUCUACAACCUCGACCCUGCUGCAACAGUCACCGCUACCCGCUUUGUCACUAUCGCCGCUUGGGCUUGUAUCUGGUUCCUCGGCGAACGUUUGAGGGUCCUCUAUUCUGCUUGGCAGUUGCACGUUGAUGGGAAAGUUAGGAUUGGGACGCUUGCGAUAAUUGGCUCGUUCAAGGAGUUGCGGUAUUUGGGUGGGAAGAGGACUAGGCGAUGUGGAUUGGUCGCGUUGCUUCUCCUAAGCGCUUAUUUGAUUGAUUAUGGAGGCGGCUUAAUCCUGGUGAACACGACAAAACAAUAUGAUUCAUGCGGCAUCCACCAAUUGACGACCCUGGCUAGGCCCGUUAGCAUGCAAGGCGCCCAGUUCUACAACCACACCGACUACACCCGUGCCAUCGAGCUCCUGUACAAAUCCGCUCAGAUUCCCACAGGCGACAUCCCCGGCGUCGUGGUGCACGAUCCGACAUGGCAGUACGUCUCCAACCUAUCCGCCGGCACCAUCAAAUGCGAAGCAACCCAGACGUCGUUCAACUACAGGGGGAAUGUCUCGUUGGGCGUCCGAUCAUCCGCGUUCGCUUUCGAGGGAUUCCCGACCCAGCCCGGCCAGACGGGGCCACCGGGGUACCAAAGUGUGCAGUACCUGUUUCCCGACGUGCCGCAACCCAGCAUCCGCUACGGGAUGGGUCACGGCCGGUACAUGCAGCCCUGCGCCUCUGACCCACAGGCUCAGUGCGCGACCAACUUCGACCACCACUGCGUCGCCGCGUGGCCAGACACCCCAACCUCGUUCAAUCUCCUACUCAUCAACGUGUACAAGCAGUUCGCUGACCCGAUCAACCUCGGCCGUCUGAACGGCACCGAUCUCCGCGUGCCGUACACCCUCGAAGGCCUCGUCCCUGCCUCCCUCUGCAAAGUCUCCUUCACAAAUCCCGACGUGGUCUCCAGAUGGGGCGAGAUGAACCUCCCCUACCCAGACCGCUUCACCACCUAUGUGACCAACCAGCUCACCAAGGAAUGGGGCAUCAACGUCCGCACCGCUAUUCUGACCAACACCACCCCCCAGGAACCCAAGACGAAUCCAAUCGACCUGAUCACUCGUCUUAUUUUGACAAUCGGCACCGACCUCGCUGCCGACGACCAGACAACGUCGGCCUCCUUCUCGAUUCCCUGCUCCGUCCUCUCGUGGGUCGGCGUUCUUACCGUCGUCUUCCCCAUCAUCCUCGUGCUGCUGAUGACUUCUUACCUCGCAUACGUGCUCAUCCGUGUCGGCGUGGUCAUCAGAGAACAUUUGGAAUUAAUUCCCGUGGCGGCGUCCGAGUGGGCUGGGCUGGCGAUCAAGGAGGCGACGGGGUUGGAUAAGCGAGCAGGGUGUAAGGACGUGUUUGAAGAGCAUUGUGAGGUUUGGUUGGAGAAGACCCGGGAUGGGGUUCGGAUUAGGCGGUGGGGGGACGAGGGGAGGGUGUUAUUGAGAGGGGCCGAGCGGAAGCCUGCUCACGAGACGGAGGAGGUAUGA